AUGACUGGUGUAGACAAGGCAAGAAAGGCUGGCUUUACUGGAAAAGGCAUCAAAAUCGCCAUCCUUGAUUCCGGUGUGGAUUAUAUGCAUCCAUCUUUGGGUGGUUGUUUUGGAGAAAACUGUCUUGUACGUUAUGGUUAUGAUCUUGUAGGAGAUAACUAUGGAGGCAAAGAUGUAUGUGACGGUCAUGGAACUCAUGUUGCUGGUAUCAUAGCUGCCACUGACACUGUCAAGGGAUUUCAAGGUGUUGCCCCUAAUGUUACUCUUGGUGCUUGGAGAAUCUUUGGAUGUCGAGGAGACACAGAUGACGAUAUUAUUCUGGCUGCUGCUGACAUGGCGGUCAAUGCUGGUAUGGAUGUGAUUAACUUAUCCUUAGGUGGAGGCGUUAGUGCUUGGGGAGAAGAAGCACUGGCAGUGGCACUCUCAAAUUUGGCUGAAAAAGGUGUCAUUGUGGUCGUUGCACAAGGGAAUGAAGGAAGAGAUGGUAUUGCUCGAACUCCUUCUCCUGCUAUUGGUGAACACGUUAUUGCAGUUGGUUCAGUGGACAAUAUUAGCAAACCUGGUCAUGUGUUACGACUGUAUCGAAAAGGAAAAGAACUUGGUAGUUAUGAAUAUUAUUUAACGGAUGGAGUACAAUUCUCAUUGAAUGGAACGGAAACAGAAUUCACAACAUUAGUACCACGGCACAAACACAAGAAAAACCACACAAUGGGCAAUAGUGGAACUGGCUGUGAACCAAUCAUGCAAGAUAUCGUCAACAAAAUUGUGCUAGUGAAACGAGGUGGUUGCGAUUUUGGACAAAAAGCGAUGCAGGUGCAAAAUGCGGGCGGUGCAGGAAUCUUGAUCUAUAAUAGCAAAAAGGAAGAUGAUCCUGUAACCAUUGAUCUGCAUCGAUAUUCUCGUGUUACUAUUCCAGUUGCUUCUCUUAGUGCUCAAGAUGGUUUAUCUCUUUUACGUUUAUAUUAUGGUGCGAAUGAUACUACUCAAAUGACUAUGAAAUUCCUAUCUGAAAUACUGCCUACAAGAAAUGCUGGUCUCAUGUCUUUAUUCUCUACUUGGGGUCCGGAUCCUGAAUUACAUUUGAAACCUGAUAUUGUUGGAGUUGGAGGAUAUAUGUAUUCAACUUUUCCAGUAGCUUUGGGUGGAUAUUCUACUAUGAGUGGAACAAGUAUGGCAACGCCCUAUAUCAGUGGUUGUAUUGCUUUGAUGAUGGAAGCUACUGGGAAAAAAUCACCAGAAACUAUUAUUAGUCAACUGUUGAAUUAUGCAAAACCUAUUCCUUCAAUAGUAGAUUCUACUUUUAUGGAAUCAUUGGCAAAACAAGGUGCUGGUUUAGUUCAGGUAUAUGAUUCCAUUCUGGCUUCUACAAGUGUAUAUCCAUACAAGCUCCCUUUAAAUGAUACUGCACAUUUUCGCGAAUCGACUGAAUUAACGAUAGAAAAUUUAUCCAAUUUUACUAAGAUUUAUCAUUUGGAACAUGUGCCGUCCGUAGGCAUUGCAGGAUAUGAUUUCAAGAAAAGUGCGGUGCCGUUACCAAGAGGAAAAUAUAAAAUAGCGGAAAGCAAGGUUCGCUUUGAAUCCGAAUCCAUUAUACUGAAAGCCCAUGAAACAAGGAACAUCACGGUUCAUUUUGAACAACCUCCUCCUCUUCAGAAAAGUAAUGAUGGCAAUCCUGUAUCUCCUAUAGUAUAUGGUGGCUUUAUUCAUUUACGUCCAGUGGCAGGUGAUGAUCAUCCAAUUCAAGAUUCAAAGUCAAUUCAUAUUCCAUAUUUUGGUGUACUUGGAAAUCAAAGCGAUCUUCCUUUAUUUGAUAGAAAGUCAGGAUAUCCAUAUAUUGGGAAUGCUCCACCGACAUAUAAAUCAUCAGCCAAACUACCAGUUAUUCCAGCAGUGAUCCCAGCAUAUAACUUUUCCAAGAAUGACAAAUUACAUUUAUACGUACGACUUGGUAGUCCUACGGCAUUAUUGAAAUGUGAAUUGAUCAAGGAUGACAAAGUAGUUGGAUAUGUAUCUCGAUUCCAUAAUGCAUGGGUACCCCGAAAUGAUAAUAGUCGUGAUAAUUAUGAUUACUCCAUUAAUUGGAAUGGACAUGUAGCCAUGGAUUUUCGACAUAGUUUAUCAUCAUCAUCACCACCAACCAAUUCAAGAGGGCCAUUAUUACCAUCUAUUAAGACAUAUCCAGCCAAUCCAGGUGUAUACCAUUUAAAAUUAUCAGCACUCAAAGUAUUUGGAAAUGCAGAUCUACCGGAAGAUUGGGAAACUUGGAGUUCACAUGAAUUCACCAUACUAGGAUAGAAUAGGGAAAAUAUUUGUUUUAUGAUCGAUUGAAAUAAAAAAAAAACCCUUUUUUUUUUAUAUAUAUAUGAAA